GGAGGAUUCCAGAUGGUUGCACGCAAUCCCAGCGGGGCGGGGCAGGACCUUCCCCAGGGGCGGGACCUUCCCCAGGGGCGGGAAAAGCCAGGCCCCUCCCCGACCUCCUGAGCCCAAAACCGGGUUGUGCCCAUGACUGACAGGCAAGGCUCCGCCCUACUCCCCUUCCCUUUAGCACCUCCUGACUGCCGAUUGGCGGGCUCGCCUUGGUCUCAACGCUGAUUGGCUGGCAGCACUACAGGCUGGCACCCACCGCGUCUCACCUCCUGAGCGGCUCCGAGAAGACGCCCGGCCAGGGUGAACACCGCGGCAGGAGAAAACGGGAGACUGUGAAGAGCAUGGGGAGCCUUUGUCGUGCAGCGUGAAACCCUCGAGCCUUUGGCCUAGGAGCUGGGAGACUCAGGGGCCCUUCCCACACACAGAAUUGGAGCAGGGCCUUCUAGACAGUCCCAGCACCAUGAGCCCUGAAAGGUCCCAAGAGGAGAGCCCAGAAGGAGACACAGAGAGAACAGAGCGGAAGCCCAUGGUGAGAAGUCGGGGAGGCGAAGCCAGACUCCCAGCAGGAGCUGAUCUCUGGAGUGCUGCAGACUCCUGGUCAAAGAUGCCUUCAAAGACAUUUCCAUAUACUUCACCAAGGAAGAAUGGGCAGAAAUGGGAGACUGGGGGAAAACUCGCUAUAGGAUUGUGAAAAUGAACUAUAAUGCACUGAUUACUAUAGGUCUCAGAGCCACUCGACCAGCUUUCAUGUGUCACCGAAGGCAGGCCAUCAAACUCCAGGUGGAUGACACAGAAGAUUCCGAUGAAGAAUGGACACCUAGGCAGCAAGUCAAACCUCCUUGGAUGGCCUUCAGAGGAGAACAGAGUAAACACCAGAAGGGAAUGCCCAAGGCGCCAUUCAAUAAUGAAUCUAGUUUGAAAGAAUUGUCAGGAACGCCAAAUUUACUGAAUACAAAUGGCUCAGAGCAGGCUCAGAAACCAGUGUCCCCUCCUGGAGAAGCAAGUACCUCUGGACAGCACUCUAGACUAAAACUGGAACUCAGGAGGAAGGAGACCGUAGGAAAGAUGUAUAGCCUGCAAGAAAGAAAGGGUCAUGCAUACAAAGAGAUCAGCGAGCCACAGGAUGAUGACUACCUCUAUUGUGAGAUGUGUCAGAACUUCUUCAUUGACAGCUGUGCUGCUCAUGGGCCCCCUACAUUUGUAAAGGACAGUGCAGUGGACAAGGGGCAUCCCAACCGUUCAGCCCUCAGUCUGCCCCCAGGGCUGAGAAUUGGGCCAUCAGGCAUCCCUCAGGCUGGGCUUGGAGUAUGGAACGAGGCAUCUGAUCUGCCACUGGGUCUGCACUCUGGCCCCUGUGAGGGCCGAAUUACAGAAGACGAAGAGGCAGCCAACAGUGGAUAUUCCUGGCUAAUCACCAAGGGGAGAAACUGCUAUGAGUAUGUGGAUGGAAAAGAUAAAUCCUGGGCCAACUGGAUGAGGUAUGAGAACUGUGCCCGGGAUGAUGAAGAGCAGAACCUGGUGGCCUUCCAGUACCACAGGCAGAGCUUCUAUAGAACCUGCCGAUUCAUUAGGCCAGGCUGUGAACUGCUGGUCUGGUAUGGGGAUGAGUAUGGCCAGGAACUGGGCAUCAAGUGGGGCAUCAAGUGGAAGAAAGAGCUCAUGGCAGGGAGAGGUAGGCAUCACUAUUACUCUUUUAAAAGGACAGGAAAGAAAGAAUUAUCCUAGAGAAUUUUCAUGAUUGAACACUUAAAUAGACUAAAACGCCGUCUAAAGUCAGUAAAAUUUUACAUCAGUGGCUCCAAAAUUAAAGAUUCAUGUUAUGUGCCUUUGCCUCUUUGGAACAGUUUUUAUAUUUUUAAAUCUUUGUUCCGAUUUUAUAUUCAAAGUACUUCAUGCACAAAGUAUAUAACAGCAUACAGUGCUCAAAGACUUAAAGACAAAAAUCAAGUUCUCAAACACCUACCAGCUCUCCCAACAAGGUAGUUUCUUCUGGCAUUUCCUUGAUAUUUCUUAAUGAUAUGCAUAUGUUGUUAUUCAUUCAUUCAUUAUCUCAAUUAGCUGUCAUGUGAAUUCCUACUCUGUGCCAGACGAUGUUGCAGGAAGUGUAAAUACAGACUGAUCAAGACAAUCAAAAAAACUGCUCUUGAACAUAUGACUUGUGAAUUAGGGAACCAUAUGAAUACACACAGACAUAUGUGUAAUAUCAGACGGCGAUUAGUGCUUUGAAGAAAAUGAAUCCAGAAAGAAUACCUGGGAUCAGUGUGAGACCUGGGAUCAGUGUGAGAGCUGAGGUCAGUGUGAGACCUGGGGGUCAGUGUGAGACCUGAGGUCAGUGUGAGACCUGGGGGUCAGUGUGAGGUGAGAGUAGAGUGUUGCAGGGGAUUGUCAGGGAAGGUUUCUCUUAGGAGACAGCAUUUGAGAAGUGCAAGUGCCUGUGGGCCAAGGAUUCCAGGCACAGGGCGCAGCUAGUGCAAUGGUCCUGAGGCCAGAAAGAGUUCAGCUUUGGUUCAUUUUUGGAAAAUAGGCUGCCAUGGGUCAUCCCUUCAGAGCUGCUCCAGUUUCCAAGUGAGAGAAAAUGGUGGGCAGGAUGAAGGUGGGGAGCGUGGCGGUAAGCCUGAGUAGGGAUAUAUUUUGAAACAAGACUUCCUAUUAUAUUUAAAAUGGGUUCAGACUGAAUGAAAUAACUCAAACAUGAAUACUUGAUGUGCAGCCUGACAAAGAGCAUAUUCUCAUUUUAUGAUUUGUGGAAUCUGAAAUAGAAGCAGUCCAUGCACCUAGUUGGCGCAGCAGGACCCACAGUCCUUUAGUCAGUGGGACCUGGACCACUCUGUGUUGGCCAACCUGAAUCACACUUCCUGAUGGAGAACCAGGCACAUAACAGUCCUCAAUUAAAUAUGUCCUUUUGAAUGAGGAUACUCAAAUUCAGCCUAGCCUAGCCUGUCACUCACACACAUGUACAGAUCCCAGGGUCCACACAGAUACAGAUCCCAGGGUCCACACCUAUCACAUAUAUGAACAUUAUCACACAGACCCCUGCAGACACAUCUGUGAGGCAUAUGCAUUCCCAAACACACAGACAGACUCAUGAUAAAUUUGUUCCUACCCAGCCGUGACUUCUAAAUGCUUGGGGAAACCAAGACAUAGUAGAAAGGAGUGUGCAAUUAUCAUUUCCCAUGAUGCCGUUACUUAAGAACUCUUUGUGUCCGUCCUUCUAAUGGCACCAAUGCCUCCCAUCAAGCCUUAAACCUCACCUAAAUUAUGUCAUUGGGCUUUUUCAUCCAUAAAUGAGCAUACCAGGUGCCAAGGGAAUCAAUAUGCCCUUUCACAUGCCUUAGACCAGUGUCCAAAGAAAGAUAAAAUGUUAUUCUAUAAAAGCUUUCUCCCAGCAUUUCUAUUCAUUUACAUUUUGUCCCAUAUACAACUAUGGUUUUCUAAUGAUCUUAUUUCUGACAGCUGUUUUUCUUCAGAACAUCAACAGCUUCUUUCCUAAAUUAGUUUUAGUAUGAGUUCCAUUUCUAAUUAGCUCAAAUUAAAGUCCUAGAGAGCAGCGAGGUAAUAUUUAAACCCUCAGGCUAAAAUUUCGGAGUAGGUGCAGAAUGUUGACUCUAAAUGAGUUUUUCCUGUGACAUAACACUCAUGAAAGCAGGAUUUCCUUCAUGUGUGAAAUGUCUUAAAUCAGACUUACCCUUUGUGAUUCUCUUUUAGCUAUAAAUGUCAUUUAAGAAAAAAAAAAGAAAAGAAAAUUAAGCAUGACAUUCCCCAAUAUCCUCUGCUCACUGUGUUAUAAUCCCUAUCACUCCCCAAGUGAAUUGGAGAGAGUGAAGACACAAUGAACAGAAACUUCCCUGAUGCUUCACAGAGGAAGUGUUCUCCAGGACCACACAGCCUCCACCAUGUCCAUCUAUGAAGGGCUGUGGCAAGCCAUAUACACAAAGAUGCCUGUUUCCUGUCUUCUCGGUUAAAAACAAAAACAAAACACUGGAAGGAACCCCAAAGCCAAGCUGCCAUGGGUUGCACAGUGCCAGCCCUUAAGUAGUGUUGUCCAUGGGUAAACAGGAGAUGGAAAAGGGCAAUUUCAAGAAAUAACAAACUCAAGGCAUGAAUAUGGUUAUCCAAACAUCAAGGGACUCCUUCAUUUGCAUUUGGAUAAUUGUGCAGUUAUAUGAUUUGUUACAUGGAGACCAGAUGGAAGUAAGAGAGCUCAUCCUCAACUUCCUGUACCUCUGGAAGUCUUUACACACAUGCUGGAGAGAUAGAUGAGAGUUCAUUAGCAUCAAACCACCAUGGAUUUCAUAAUCAAUUCCUAAUAUCUGAAUAAGUGCAGAAAAGUCACAGGCAUCUAGAAAUGUGGCCCAAGUCCUGUUCUUCAAUCGGCCCACCCAUUUCUCAAGAUUUCAUUGAGAAGAUCAAGAAAUCUAAUCUUCCUUGGAUGCAAAAUGGAGGUGGUGAAAAUUGGAAGUAUGUCCUUCCUGGUAAUGAGGCAAUUUCAGUACAUAGGAAGUGCUCUGAAAUCUUUAAGGUAUACAGUCUGACUCACUAGAACAAGAAAGGGCCCCACUUGUUGCCAUUUUAUGAGGUGACCACCCCAGCUGGAUAAGAGCUACAAGUGUCCAUUGGGACUACUUGGGUGUGAGUCAAGAAAGCAGAGUUGAGUGCCCUGAGGUAAGCUGAGAUUUUGGUGUUCAAUGGGAAAGAAUGUAAGAAUUGACUUUGCCACCUACUGCCUGAGUGACUUUGCGCAAGAUCCCAAAUCCCUAUGUAUCUCGAUUUUGUUAUCUAAAAGAUCACAUGAUGGAGGAUGUAAGCAAGUAACACAGCCAAGACCCAGUUUACAGUGUCUAGUACCUAACAGACUCUUGACACGUUUCACUUGCCCUUGAGUCAAUCUUUCCAUGUCACUGAAUAUUCUUCCACAACAUGAUUUUAAUGGAUAUAGUCGUCCAUUGUUUAAAUGUACCAUUAUUGACCAAUGUAAAAAUGUUCUUUUACCUCAAAUUUUUAUAUGUAAAACAAAAACAUGUUUGAGGACUAAACCCACACUGUAGUAUAAAUUAAACUGGAUGUAGGCCAGGCAUGGUGAGUCACACCUAUAGUCCCAGCACUUUGGGAAACCAAGACAGGAGGAUGGCUUGAAGCCAGGAGCUCAAGAGCAGCCUGGGCAAUACAGCAAGACCUCAUCUCUACAAAAAAAUAAGAAAAAUUAGCUGGCCAUGGUGGCGUGCACCUGUAGUCCCAGCUUCCUGGGAGGCUGAGGUGGGAGGAUCCACGGAGCCCAGGAGUUUAAGGCUGCAGUGAGCUUGGAUAACGACUGCACUCCAGCCUGGAUGACAGAACAAGAACCUGUUUCAAAAAAGAAAAAAGAAAAAAGAAAAAAAAAACCUAAAAACUAAAAACUGGAUGUCGUUUGCUAAUAACUAAACAGCAAAUUAAUUGUAACAUGCUGACAUAUCAACGAUGUCUUUCUUCUUUAAUCAUAAACCUGCUCACUAAGAAGCUGCUGAAGUCCAUGGUAGUGACAGGUACAUGUCUGCAUCCUUGUCCUGACCUGCAUCUUCUUUGAUUGCCCCCAUCUGUGUCUCCGACUGGCACUGCUGAACCAGCUUGCUACCUGAUCAAUGUUGUACUGAACCGGACUGCUAACUGAUCAAUGUAGUUGAGCUCACUGCACAAAGCUGUUCUUACAAGGUAGAUUUCUGCCUGGAAUAGUCAUACUUACACUGUUUAUAUUCCUUACUCCUGACCCAUCCAACGCAGCACAAGUUCUAUUUAUUGCCAUAGAAACAUAGGUCAUUUGGAAACACCUCCUUCAUUUCUAUGGAAUGUUCAAACAUUUCUGACAUUUUGGACUCUGUUCUAGCCUCUUGUUAAAUAUAUCCAGAAAAGAGACAAAGCUUUAUGGGGGGGCUAUAUGCACACAUAUGCUAUAGAAUAAGCUAUCUAAAUGCUUAAAAAUACUUUCCAUCUGGCACCACACCUUAAUAGGUAGACAGAAAUUAAGUAUGUGUAUAUCUAUCUGUAUAGAUACGUAUAAAUAUAUAUCCCCAAAACAAAAACUCAUUCUCUUACUUAUACAUAGGUAGAAUAUAGGUGAAUAUACAUAUACAUUUAUAGGUAGAACAAAAAAACCCCUCAGCCUCUUUAGGGCCAUGUGUUUUCUCUGAGUAAUUGUCACAAUUAAUUAAAAUACAUGUGUAUGCCUUUUUAGAUAAAUUCCAUCAGACCAGUUUCUGUCUGGUUGGAAAAUAAUAACUGCCUAUUUGCUAAGUGCCCCUGCCCCCAUACUAUGUUCCAGUGAACUAAAGACCUCUGGCAAUCAUAGAUUUACAGCUCAGCAAGAUUAAACAAUUUAUUGUUAUUUAUGACAUCCAAGCUGGAUCCUCUGUAUUAUAUUCCACAUUAGCAUCUAUCACUUUACAUUUGGGAGAUCCUGUCCAAAAAAAGAUUAUGCCUCCUAACCAAACAUUCAGCAGGGCUGCAGGAACAGACCCCUGAACAAACAUCCUGCCAAAGUACUUUAAAGCACCGUGAGCUCCCACAGCUGUGCAUUUUCAGACGACUCAGCAGAUUAGCAUGGAGUCUCUUAGCCUCUGCUUGGUCUGUUCCUUUCAGUGAUCUCUCACAUGGCCCAGUCCAUUCGGUUUGAAAAUCCUCAUGAAAUGAGCAGAUUAUGAUCUGGCUUCAGUAGAGGGCCAUGGGGUGGGCAUGGAGGGGAGAGGGUUUGCUCUUAACACAGCCUGAGCCUCAGAAAGGUUUCAGAUGGAAAAGCAUGGCACUGACUCAGCUCAUGCUUAACAGGAAAUAAUGCACAGACCACACCAAAAAAGUCCUUUAUGUUGUGUGAAAGUCUAUGCUGGAGCAGCUGCUGCCACCUCAUGUACUGUGAUAGAGUGUGCAUGUGUGUGUUUGUGUGUGCAUGAGUGUGAGUACGCACACAAAUGUGUGCUGGGAGGGGGAGGAGAUCACACCUUCCACAGUCGCCACCUCAGCCUUAGCUAGCAGCAUGGAGAAAUGCCAAAAGUCAAGAGGAAGCUGCACCAAAGCAACUGUGAUCACCACAUCAGCAGGGGCUUUCUGGUUAGUAAAACUACCGGGACUGAAAAACACACAUGAUCUCAUCCUUCUUUUAUUUUAAUCAGAGCAAAAUAUUUUUAUAAUAAUUGUGUUAUAUGAAUAAAUAAUUCAUAAUGCUGUAACCCAUUAUCACAUUCAAUCCUCCUAACAACCCUAGAAGAUAUGUAGACAAGUAUUAUUACUUUCCCUAUUUUUAUAAAUGAGGAAAUAAACCCCAGAAGGCUAGGCAACUUCCCCACGGUCAUAUAACUUGCAAACAGUAGUAUCAUGAUUCAAAUCCAAAGCUUCUCCUUUUGUCUUUAUCAUUUUAAUUUUGAAGGUAAUGCAUAUGCAUGUAUGAUCUUUUAAAUCCAGAGAUGUAUAUGGAAUAGAUAGGAAAAGGGACUCUCCUUCCCCAUUAUACAGCCCCUCCACCCAAGCUAUAUACACUGUUGACUAGAGUAUGUCCUUUCAAUCCUAUUUUCUAUGCCUACAUUAUAUACAGAAAAGCAGGAUUACGUUACACACAAUAUUCCAGUCAUUGCUGUUUUUCACCAACAAGCUAUCAUUCACAUCUUUUUCAUACUACAUAUAAAUUUAUAUCCUUUAUUUUAGUGGUGUAUAUUGUGCAGUUGUGUCAUAAAUUAUGUACCUGUUCUCUGUUGAACAUAUAGAUUUUUUCUGAGUUUUUCCUUAGCAAAAUGCUGCAGUGAGUACCCUUGCACAUAGAUGUUUGUACAUUUGUUCUAGAAAAAUCUACAGUAAAGAUUCUUAGAUUAAGAGAUUCCCAGGUUAUUAGAAAACUACUCUAUUAAUUUAGAUAUAUACUUCCAAAUUGCCUGACCAAAAAGUUAUGUCAAUUUAACUUCUAUGAACAGUAUACAAACAUGACAAUUUUACAUCACCUACACCAACUCUGGGAAAUUUCAUCUUUUUUACAAGUUGAUGGAUUGUUUUAAUUUAUAUUUCUCUGGUUAUUAAUAAGGUUGGCCACCUGUUCAUGUGUUAUUAUUGAUGAUAUUUGUAUUGAAUUGUUUGAAUUUUCUUGAUUUCGAAAACCUUUUUACAUGUCAUAGAUAUUAAAUAUUUGUUGUAAAACUCUCCUUCCAGUAUUUUGUAUGUGUUUAGUCAAGUAGAAUAAACUCUU